GAUUUUCGUAUGAAAAGGACACACGAUUGUAUUUUGAUGACACGUGCGUGGUACCAGAGAGGCUGGAGGGUAAAGUGAAGCAGGAGCCCACCCUGUACCGAGAGGGCCCUCCCUACCAGCGCCGUGGGUCCCUGCAGCUCUGGCAGUUCCUGGUCACUCUCCUGGAUGACCCCGCCAACGCCCACUUCAUCGCCUGGACCGGCCGGGGCAUGGAGUUCAAGCUGAUCGAGCCAGAGGUCCUGCCCCAGCACCCGGCAUGCUGGAGCAGGAUCCAGGAGAGUGGAGAGUGGAUCCAGGCUCCGGAUCCUUCUCGCACAGCAGUGCACCCUUGUACUUGA